GGCGCCAGACUUGGACUUGCCAGCCCGAGCCCGGGAGCUGGCGGUGAAGGAGGCCGGGGAAGCGGGCGAUGAGGAGGCGUGGCUCGACUUCGAGGAACGGGCACUACAGCGCUGUGGUGCCUGGCGGGGCCCGGAGGUGGUGCAGGUCCUGCACGCAUGCGCAGUGGCACAAAGGCGGCCAAAGCGUUUGCUCGCCAAGCUUUCGAAGGACAUCCCCGACAAGAUGCCCCAGUUCGAUGUGUCUGCACUGUGCAUUUGCUUGCACACCUUCGCACAGCUGCGCUCCCGAGACGCUUCCUUGUUCUCGGUGGUGACACGACGAUUGCUGCAGCCCGAUCACAGGGAGGAGCUGGGCCCAUCUCAUCUCUCCUCGCUGCUUUAUUCGCAUGCGCGCAUCCUUGCUUUUGACAAAGGUCUUGUGAGGCUCGCGCAGAAGAGCCUGGCGGACGACCGCCGUGCGUUUGAACUGGAGGACUUGGCGACGGUGCUUCAAGCAUUCGCGACGCUGCGUGCGGAGGACGUCCGCCUCUCUGGGAACAGCGCACGUCGCGUGGCGAAGGCAACACCCGCAGCGCCGCUGCCACUGCUGGCGGACCUUCUUGAGGCGAGUGCGGUUUUUUGGCAGGGGCUUAAAAGGAUCUGGAGGACUGAGAUGCGGGCUUCUGAAGGCUCCCGGGCUAGUGCCCGCGAUUCGAGGAGCGCAAGCGCCAGAUGGACGGUUCAGGGAGGAUUUAGGUUGGGGUUGUAUUGUGAGGCGUCUCCAGUCGCCGAACGGACUUGCGUUGUCUUCUCGCUCAGUUUUUCCUGA